AUGCCGCUUCGUAAUUAUGGUCUCUGGAAAGCAACCCCUGUAUCCUACAUCGUUGAAUACGAAGAGGAUGACAAUAAAAGUCCGCAUUUAUCACUUUACUUCCGUGAUAAAGGAGGGCUGACUCACCAUUCUGGCCACAAGUCUCGCCGAGCCGGCAAAGGAAACAAAGAAAUUCCCGGGCUCUUCAGAGCAGCAAUCAACAUCAAGUCUGGUGACAAGAAAGAAUCGCGACUCGCCUACUGGGUGAAUCACGAUUACAAAAAUCAUCCGAUCGUCAAUAGUCUCAUCGACCUAUCCCCGGGGUUUCAUCCCCUUGAAAAAACGGAGCCAAAUCCUGUUGGCUUGAGACUAGACUACAUCCGCAGUAACUUAUUCAAUCUCAAAACCGGUCGCAUCCUACCCCAUGAUGUACCAGGUUCGAACAAUGAUAUGAUUGAUGUCUUGGAACCUGAAGUCAAACAAGCGAUUGACUCGAAGGCCGAUAUUUAUCUAUUUGGAGAACCGUUCGGUGAUCGAAAAGGUAUUCACAAUGUGCAUAUGAAUCAAGGCAAUGUUGAAAAAUUUGCAAAUGAUGAUGGUGUGUUCCAAGACGGUGGCCUUUUGAUCAACUACCCACUCUCUGGUCGAUGGGUUGGGGUAUUUAUAGGAUUCGCGUCACAAGCUGUGCACACCGACAAUAAGACAGGGCAUGCCAUAUCAUCAGAAACCUGGGGAGACUAUCUAGGGAGAAAGAAGAGAGGUGCCGACUUGACCGAGGACUCUGUGAUAAUUAACGAGGCAUUGAUGAGACCCGAGUCAAACGAUCCUAGAGCUAGGCGGAGGUCGGUUAUUCUCACAAAUCCGAAAGACCACAGGAUUUCCUUGGCUUCCUGGAAAAUCAAAAAUUCAGCGGGUGAAUCUCAAACACUGCCGCGUAAUGCAGUUUUGGAUGCUAAGUCAACGCAAGCGUUUGAGAUCCCGGACGUUCAUCUCUCAAACCUCGGCGACACCAUCACACUGUUGAAUGAACAAGGCCUGAAAGUUGAUGGGGUAAGCUAUCUGUCCCGACAGGGAUUUGACAGGCUACCAGUUGCUUUUGCUCAUUGA